AUGGCAGAGGCGUUCUUGAGUCAGCAGCCGCACCCGGCGUGCCAGACGAGGGACGCAGGGUCUUCUGUAAUGCAGAUGCGCGUUUCGUGGACGUGCAACGGCCUGGAUGUCCACGUCCCACCUCUGCGGUAUAUUUGGCGUGGCGUGUACCGUUCCAUCCUGGACAACAUCGACAAAGUCUCCGCAAUGGUGUACCCCAUUCCCUUCUCGUGCGUUGUCGCCUGCGCUGCCGGGUCGUGCGUGUGCGUCUGGUAUGUGCCGCAGACGUCCUGGGUGCACACCAACCCAGCUAGCACGUGGCUGCGCUACUUCGACUCCAUCGUGACACCUCUCUCGCGGUACCUCCCUCCGUCCUUCCAGGCACCCGUGCUCUGCGCAAAGGCGUGGACCGUCACGCUCGCCGCGGCGACGGUGCUGCACCGCUUUGCCUUGCGCAGGCUGCUGCAGUACAAGGGAUGGAUGCUGGAGAGAAACCCCCAAAAGCCGUCUUGGCGCACGCGCGUGUGGUCGCUGGUCAUGCGCGCCUUUUUCACUCGCCCGUCCAUCCCAAAGACAAGAGUGUACGGGAGCUGCCUUCCCAGCGUACCGUUGCCCUCGUUGCAGCAGACGGUGAGCAGCUACCUAUCUAGCAUGCGUUCCCUUUACCAUCAAAAGGACAGCGACGUAAACGAGUGGCUGGAGCUGCGCCGGUCCGCUGAGUCCUUCCUGCUCAACGAAGGCCCGUCACUGCAGAUGCACCUGCGGCUGCAGAAUGUGAUGGGCCACAGCUACGUGCCUGAGUUGUGGACCCGCAACGUCUUCCUUGCCGCGCGUGACUCGCUGUGUCUGCACUCGAACUUUUACACCGUUCCUUUUUCGACGCACCUGCCCACCACUCUCCCCGAGGCGCGCGCUGCGGUUCUUAUUUACCUGCUGAUGCAGCUGAAGGGUCGCAUUGAGCGCCGUACGUUGUGCCCCAACUUCAUCGGCCCUCGUGAUUGUGUGCCCUUGUCUAUGGACCAGUACUCGAUGGCGUUUAACACAACUCGCAUUCCAGGACGUGAGGUAGACGUCCUCGAGCAUCGUGGGGAGCGGGAGAACAGCUACGUCGUCAUUCUGCACCGCGGUCGCAUUUAUCGAAUGCCGGUCAUUGACCCGCAGACGGGGCGCCAGCUCACCCCGCAUCAACUGGAGGUGAUGCUGCACCAGCUGCUCUUGGAGGUGGAGGAGGAGGUGAGCACCGGCCGCGACGAGUCUGAGGAGGACGACGCGGAGGACACGCUGGAGACGCUCGGGAAGAAGCGCUCAUACCGCGUAGUGGAGGCGCUGCUGCCUGCCCUGACCACCGCAUCCCGUGCCCAGUGGGCCGACGUGCGUACUAGCUAUCUGCUUCACGACUCCAGCAACAACGGCCCCUUGCGCAUAAUCGAGAAGGCGCUAUUCGUGGUCAGCUUUGAUGAGCGAUGCGGGACGGCAGUGCCUUCAAAGGCGAGCUCGGCCGUGGACGAGGUGAAGCGCCUCUCCAUGAACUGCGCUCACUACCUCUGCGGCAACGGCUCCAACCUGUGGUGCGACAAGAGCUUCAAUCUCGUCGUCCGCUCUGAUGGGCACGUUGGCCUGCACGUGGAGCACUCGUGGAGUGACAUGUCCACGUUUCUCGGGCUCUUCGAGCACGUGUCUGCGCAGGAGGAGUCUGCCGAUCUCUGGUACGACACGGAAACCGGACACGCAAAGAAGCUGCCGGAGGACAAGCGUCGUGCCAAGCCGUUCCGUGCACCCAACAUCGACAACCCGCUGUGCCCGAAGCGGCUGCGCUUCACCAUCCACAAAAAGCUGGCCGCUGCUAUUCGCCAGGCGCACACAGAGUUUCUCCUCAACACCAGCUUGCAGGUGGACCUCCACGUCGUGCGGUACAGCGGGUACGGCAGUGAGGUCCCCAAGAGCAUGGGAUGCAGUCCCGAUGCGUGGGCCCAAAUGGCCAUUCAGCUCGCCCACUACGUUGAUCAGGGAGGGCACUUCAGCCUUGUGUACGAGUCCGUGCCGCAGCGCAUGUUUGCGAAGGGUAGGACGGAGGCGGUGCGCAGUGUUACUGACGUGAGUAGCGCCUUUGUGAAGGCGAUGACCUCCACUGGAGGUGAGGAUGAUGCUAUGUCUGCAGAGGAGAAGCGAGCACUGUUGAUCGACGCCUGCGCCAAUCACCAGCGCGCCGUGCAGGAGGCCGUGGCGGGAGGUGGAGUGGACAGGCAUCUCUUUGCGCUGUUCAUGGCGAGUGCUAGCCAGGAAACACCUUCCGACUUCCUUACCGCUGCCCUUCGCAAGACGAAGUGGAAGGUGAGCACCGCUCAGGCCCAUCAACGCAACCUGCUCGACCGACUCCACCCUGCAGGUGGCGGCAGCUGCUAUCACGAGACGCCUGGGUUCGGCUUUGGCCCUGUAUCUCCCGAUGGCUACGGUAUCUCCUACUGUUUCUGUGCCAACGAGGUGCUCUACGUCACUAUCACAUCCUACAAGAACUGCGACGCCACGUCGUCGCGCACCCUCGGCAACCACAUGACGAGGGCUCUCGAUAUGCUGGGCGCGCUCAGCGCGUCUGGUCGCGACGACUCAGCAUCUCGCUGA